GAGUGCGCCCGACAGCCUUUAUAUCUUGAUGAGACUGUAGAUAUCACGUGACGUCAACCAGGAAGCAAGACAGGGCCGUGUUGUUCGUUACACACAGAGGAAACGCGGACACAUCAUGACAACUGAGGUUGAAAAUUGGCAAGGUGGGAAACCCUUCCCAGAAACCAACCUGCACAUGUUGGAGAGUUCGUUGUUGGCUGAUGUGACCUUCCUCGUUGGGGAACAAAGGGAGACAAUCCAGGCUCAUAAAUUCAUUUUAGUCAGCCGCAGUUCCGUGUUUCACGCAAUGUUUUGUGGCUCGAUCCCCGAGACCGGUGAGGUACUCAUUCCUGAUAUACAGAAAGACAACUUCAAGACCUUCCUAAGGUGUCUCUACACAGGGGAGGUAGCGUUAACUCCCAACACUGUUCUUGACCUGAUGUACGCUGCGAGGAAAUACAACAUCACAGAACUGGAAAAACAGUGUGAGGAGUUCUGCUUACAGUCUUUGUCGCCUAGCAACGCAUGUGUAUUUCUCCAACAAGCAGAUGUGUUUGAUAAAGAAGACCUCAAAGAAAGAGCUCUUGAAGUCAUUAAAUGUAAUGCAAAAGUGAGUGUUUCCAGCGAGGGAUUUUGUGAUCUAAGUAAGAAAUGUCUAACGCUUAUCCUGAAGACAGAUGGCAUGAGAGUUGACGAGAUUUGCAUCUUCCGAUCUGUGAUGUCGUGGGCGGAAGCUGAAUGCACACGCCAGGGAAGGGAGGUAACUCCGAAAGAGAAAAGAGAAGUACUAGGAGAGUGUUUGUACUUUAUUCGCUUUCCGGCUAUUUCAGAAGUUACAUUUGCCACAACCGUCUGCAAUGAAGGUAUCUUAAGUGAUGCCCAUAUCAUAAUGUUGUUCCGAAAAUACUCUAUAACGGACCUGGAUAUACGGCCGUUCUGUGACACACCUCGGACAUCAGUCUAUAUCUUGUCUCGCUUACAUCCUGACCAAAAGUAUCAACCAAUUGUACACUCUGCUAAAUGUCGACGUGAUGCAUUAGUCAUAUCCUGUGACGCCAGAGUUUUCCUGACCGGGCUGACCAUGUAUGCUGGGGUGGACGCGGACAAUGUGUCUGUUGACGUAGUUGUUACUGACAAUGACGACACAACCCUGCUGCAGCAUCACUACGACGUGGAGGUGAAAGAUGAACAACUCUCAGAUGUAGUGACGUUUCCGUCACCACUGACUGUUAUCAAAGGACAGAGGCUAAACAUAAAAGUCACAAGGACGGGAAAGAAACAUGUCGUAUACACGUGUAAUAUGAACAGUCAGCGACUGAUGACACAUGAAACAUCUGGUGUGGUGUGGACUCUGGACCACUGCGCGGAGGUCACUCUAACAACAGCUUAGAAUACGGAUUCAUUACUGGGUUGAUCUACGAAGCGUAGUGUAUAUACCCCGUUACCCUGAUCUGUAUGACGUGAUUACGUUGACAGAAGGACAACUCUCCUACCAACACUUGCGUCUCUGUAUAUAAGUGACGAAUGCAGGAACAUGUCCUGGGAACAACCACAUAUUUCAGAGUUGAUGGGUCGAGACUACUUUACGGAUCAUGACAGUGUGUCUCUGAAGUCUUGUGACUCCUACGUUAAUGACCAUAUUAAGACCAGGGCCUAGAUUUUCGAAGCUUUCUUAGCGCUAAGAUAGUCAUAAGUGCCAUACAUUAACAUUAACUUACGAC